ACACCACACACACACAGAGAGACAGAGAAGGUCAGCUAUUCAGGCUGAUAUGGUGUCGCGGAUGUCGCGCGUCGUUGUCAGCAGAGAGGUGGCCAGGAAGAAAAAUAGAUAGGUGCAAGAUCUAGCCAACCCUUUUGAGGCCCGUCAUCCCGUGGCCCUAGCCGGCAGGGGUGUUGUCGUCCUGGUCGGGCCUGGAACAUAUCGCUCGGCAUCGCGAUUGUGGCUGCUGCACCUGCAAUCAAGCUUAUCGUGACAUGACACUGUGCUGAACCAAAGUCUCAGGCGGCGUGCCGCCUCAAGAAAACAACGGUAGAAGCCCCCCCUGGAACCUGGAAGCUGUGGUGGAAUCCACACACCCAAGCACCCGACCCAGGGCACCAAGCAAUUCCCAAGAGCACGUUUCCCUCUUUUUAGUCUUGGUCGGUCCAGAGCGAGUAAAAAGGCGCUUGUCCGCACCUCCAACCGUUCUCUCCCCUCCCCCGUUGCGUCCUUCUUUCGUCACCUGCCCCCUCCCCCCUCCAUCUCCAUCCCCAGCAAUCCGAUCUUGGAAAGCAACGACGACGGGAGCACUUGGGUUUCCAGCGAAAACACGUGCCGCGCUCGGAGAACCACCGCCGCCCCGAGAACCGGCAAGGAAAAAGCAAACCACUCUUUUUUAUCCUUUGCCUUUAGUGGUGCCACUAGCCAUUACGUCAGGACCAGUCGGUGAGUGGUCAAUGCUUUUCUUCCUUCGAGCCCCUCCUUGUCACCGUCCCCAUCAUGGCAUUCUAUUACAUGACAUGCGGCCUCACUUUCAGCUGCUGGGGAAAGUGGAGCCAUGAAUCAUAUGGGGUCAUGAAGAAGAGAGAGAGAACCUUGGAAAACAAUAGAGCGCAGAAGAGAAGGGGAAAGAAAAGAGAGGGACACAGCGAGACAGAGAACCACAAAAAAAAAAAAAAAGCUUUGGGCCUUGGUGCAGAGUACCCCGCCAUUUGCUGGGCGCUGGCUGUCAAAAUGCCCCUCACCUCCAGUAAGCGGAUGGUGCCCAAUCACGGAGCAACAUCGCGAAAUGCCGGGCGGUGCAUUGCGGGCCAUUGAAGCAACAGCAGCAGCAGCAGCAACAACAGCGCGUCCGGGCAGCCAGCAGCAAAAGCAACCGAGAUCGGGAAUAGCUGCAGGAGUUGCCGGAGCAAAAGAGAGAGUGAGAGAGAAGACAAAGACUCGCGGCUGGAAGGACGCCGAAAGAUUGAGAGACCCCACCGGGCUUUCGCUACCCACAGGCCUGAGCCCUGUUCAGCUUUGCUUUCUGCCCCUGACUGUGCGCUCCACGAGUCCAGUCAUCUCGUCUUUCAUCCCGUCAUAGAGCUGCGAGUUUGCCAACUUGUGCCUCUUCCUCUGCAGAAAAACAAAACAGGACACUUUACCCUUUACACUUUAUUACACUACACUACGCUACACUACCCCCACUACACUUUUCACUACUCUGCAAAAACCAACAUCCUUUUCUGUCUCUCUGUCUCUGCGUCUCCCGUCCUCUACCCUCUCUCUCUAAUCACCAUAUACCAUCGAGACAUCCGUUAACACGCCUAACCAUGGCGCAGAAACCAGAAGACCAACAAGGCUCGAAAGGCCUGCCUCAUCGUCCCCAAGUGCUCUUACGAAACGACUCCUUCCUCCCGCCCCAUCUCCGAUCGUCAGUCACCGCCGUGCCCGUGACGCCCGACAUCACCCAAGAGACGUACGAGUCGGAUAACAGCAACAACUCGAGCGGUGGCCAAGGACCGUCCAGAGGGGACUACUUCUCGCGCAGAGUCCUCGACCACGCCAUUGCCGCUUCUCCCGCUCCCGACAGCACAAACCGCGAAGGGCAGUCGUUCCAUAACAAGGUGACUGUUGGUGCACAAGAGGGCAAGAAGUGGAUGAACAGGCUCACCGAAGCUACCAUGGCCGGCCGCAGAGAGUCCAUGUCCGAGUUUCGGGAGAUCAGCCCGGAUCUCGCGCUCAGUGGAAACAUCAUCUCAGCAACCUUUAACAUCCCCCAUUCGCUAAAGUACAGGAAAGGCUCCGACUGGGAGUUGACACCCCGCCGAGGCCAGUCGGCACUUUUCGACUCCUUUUCCUACCUCUCGUCGGACGACUCACCAUGGAACCACAUCGUUGUGGCCUGGACUGGCGAGAUUGAGACCCCGACCGACACCCCGUCGCCUCCCGGUACGCCGCCCACCACCACGGUCCACCUCAGCGCUCUCAACCAUCUCUCUAAGCCUGUGCCCAUCGAUGGCGUUGCCCCGCCCACCCCUCCGCUGGUCGACGGCCUCUGGAUUCCCCGGGAUGACAUGCUGCGUCUCGAGAAUCAGCUCUCCCACAACAAAAGAAUAAAGACGAUCCCCGUCUGGCUGGCCGACGACUCGGACGGGCUGGACGAGGGCAUCCGCUUGAAAGACCAGGCAAGAUGGAGACGCUAUGCCGAGCACGACCUCUACACCCUCUUCCAUUACAGACAACACGAGCCCACCGACGGCCGUGCUGAGAGAGUGCAAUGGGCCGAUUACUAUCGCAUGAACCAAAAGUUUGCUAACAGGAUCCUUGAGGUCUACAAGCCCGGCGACAUUGUCAUUGUGCAUGACUACAACCUGAUGCUGCUGCCUAGCAUGCUGCGGCAACGGUCUCCUCACAUGUACAUCUCGUUUUACUUGCACUCGCCUUUCCCCAGCAGCGAGUUUCUGCGCUGUCUGCCACGGAGAAAAGAGGUCCUCGAGGGCGUGCUCGGCGCCAACCUGGUGGGGUUCCAAAGCUAUAGCUACUCCCGCCACUUUGCCAGCUGCUGCACGCGCAUUCUGGGCUUCCCAUCCGACACGGCAGGAAUCGACGCUUAUGGAGGUCGAGUAGAGAUCGGUGUGUUCCCCAUUGGCAUUGACGCGACCAAGGUGGCCAGUCUUGCAUGGACAGACGAGGUCAACACUAAGUAUGGGAACUUGAAGAAGUUGUACGAGGGAAAGAAGGUGAUUGUGGGCCGUGACCGUCUGGAUACUGUCCGCGGCGUCGCCCAGAAGCUGAUGGCCUUUGAGCGGUUCCUCGAGAUGUACCCCGAGUGGCGCGAGAAGGUCGUCCUUAUUCAGGUCACUUCUCCCACCAGCAUUGAGGAGGAGGGAGACGGUUCCGAGAGCAAGAUCGCCAGCCGUGUGAGCGAACUUAUUAUGAAGAUCAACGGCAUGUACGGUUCGCUUGGAUUCUCCCCUGUGCAGCACUACGCCCAGUACAUCAGCCAAGAAGAGUACUUUGCUCUCCUCCGCGCCGCCGACAUCGGCCUCAUCACCUCGGUCAGAGACGGCAUGAAUACUACUUCGUUGGAGUAUGUUAUUUGCCAGCGCGACACUGCCGGUCCCCUGAUUCUCUCCGAGUUCAGUGGCACGGCCGGCUCUCUCAAGGACGCGAUUCACAUCAACCCAUGGGAUUUGUCGGGCGUCGCCGAAGCCAUCAACAAUGCUCUGCUCAUGCCAAAAGACAAGCGCGAGGCAAUGCAGAAUAGUCUGCUGGCUCACGUCACCAGCAAGAAUGUGCAGUUCUGGAUUGUUGGUUUCCUCAGGCGCUUGGUCAAUGUUCUUGGUAGCCGCAAGAACAUCAUCUCUACUCCUCUUCUGGACCGCUCCGAGAUGCUUAGAAGGUACCGGGCGGCCAAGAAGCGCCUGUUCAUGUUCGACUAUGACGGCACGCUCACCCCCAUAGUGCGGGAGCCCAGCGCUGCUGUCCCUUCGGAGCGCGUCAUCACUAGCUUGAAGGCGCUUGCUGCCGACCCCCAGAAUGCCGUCUGGAUUAUCUCUGGCCGCGACCAGGAGUUCCUGUCUCAUCAUCUGGGCCACAUUUCGGGUCUUGGCUUCAGUGCCGAGCAUGGCAGCUUCAUGAGAAACCCAGGCUCGACCGAGUGGGAGAAUCUGGUGGAGAAGUUCGACAUGGGCUGGCAAGAGGAGGUCAUUGCCGUGUUCCAGAAAUACACGGACAAGGUCCCGGGAUCGUUUAUUGAACGAAAACGGUGCGCUUUGACGUGGCAUUACCGCCUGGCCGAUCCCGAACAAGGCCUCCACAUGUCACGCGAAUGCCAAAAGGAGCUCGAAGGCACCGUGGCUCGCAAGUGGGAUGUGGAAGUGAUGCCCGGAAAGGCCAACAUUGAGGUUCGCCCUACAUUUAUCAACAAGGGAGAGAUCGCGAAGCGCCUUGUCAACACGUACAAUGCUGAGCUCAAGGCUCUCGAGUCCGACGACGAAUCGGCCCGCAAGCUCGAAUUUGUUCUCUGCAUGGGAGACGACUUUACCGACGAGGACAUGUUCCGUGCCCUCAACGGCCUGUCUGCGCCCAACGAUGGCACAGCCGAGGUGGAGGCAGAGAACACCUUUUCCGUGACCGUUGGAGCCAGCACCAAGGUUACGCUGGCCAGGUGGCACGUACUGGAGCCGCAAGACGUUAUUGAGUGUGUUGCGCUUCUUGCGGGUGUUGGCGGCAGCGGGACGGGCGCCACAGACGGUGUCUUGAGCAUGGGGGAGAACAACCUGGCAGCGCUGGCGGCUGUGGAGGACCACAUCCCCGAGAAGCUUUGAAGGGACACGCGGUGAAAAGAGCGAAGUUACAGACAGGCGGUGCCUUUAUUUGUUUUUGACAGGCGGGGGAAGACUAUGAUAUUAUCAGCGAUUACCGCCAUGCAUUGCUUGAGUGUGCUGUUUUAGAGGUUAUGGAAUGAUACAGGCUGGAGGCAUCCUUUAUUUUGUCAUGAGCAAGAAGAUUUGGUCGGUUGGCUAUAUAGAGUUAGUCAAUUCAACAUUAUCAUGCAAUGUCUAGUAAC